AUGAUAAAAUAUAAUAUCUACUACGGAUUUUUAACAUUUAUUAUAGCGAUCUUUGGAAAAGUUAAUGGAACAUUUUUAGACUUAAAUCAAGUGCAAAAUACCAUAUCCCAAUGGAAGAAUCUAAAUUUUAGUGAGGCUGGUGCAUCUCCCAAUGGUGUUUUUGAUUUCGGUGAUAUUAAAAAUAAAAUAUUGCAGUGGAAAAAUCAAAAGAUAGCAGCACUUUGUCCAUCCAAUGGACCUCAAUUGCAAAAUUUACUUAAUAUAGUUUGCAGUACAGCACAGCCUACUAAUAUUACAAUUAGAGAUGCCUGUGUAAACUGCUUCGCUUCAGUUACUUCGAUGCCUGAGGGGCCUCAAGAAUUAACUGCUCUUGGUGCUUGUGCAACCCAAUACUUUGUAAAUACUUCAUAUGCAAGCUGUGCUACUGCUCUAGUGGCUUUAUCGACGUCGGCACUGAAUGUACAACCAUCGGGAUGUUAUAUGGGAUACUGUGACUUUGUACGUUGUCUACGAAGGAUCAAUUCUAUGAACUUGAUAAUUCAAUGUACAAGAGAAGCCAGGACAGGGGUAAACAUAAUGUUAGAUAAUGAUAAUGUUCGUUUUUUUACAAAUGUAACGUCGUGUAUUUUAGCUAAAACUAGAUGUGGAAUUUUUAAUCCUAUAACAGGUGAACCUCAAGUUCCUGGGUCUUCAUCUUCUGGUACCAGAGUGAGCAAUGCUUUGCAGUUUUCGGAAUCUGGAGAAUUGAGAAUUCUUGCAUUUUCAGCUAGUACACCAGUAAUGAAUUCAUUCUGUUCUACUUCUACUAAUCUAACGCAGAAUAGUUGGUUAACGAAUGAGUGCUAA